CCACCCACCCACCCCGGCCUCUUAAAACAGCAAAGCAGGGAAACGCCUUCCUCUCCUCCGCAUCUUUGCAAAGUUAUACUUGAGUUACGACACCCUGUUGCUGAUCGGGACGGGAGGUGGUGGCCGUUUUGCCUGCCCCAGGGGUGGGGCACGAGUUCCUUUCCUGCCUCUUCCUUGCAAGCCAGGUGGGGUUCUGCUCUCCACCGGCCCAACUCAAGCGUUUCCUCGCCUCCCGUGUCCACCCGUCUCUAGUCCUCCUUGGCCAACAUGGCAAGCAUUCAAGACCUGCCGGACGACAUUUUGCUGGCGGUGUUGCGCCUGCUCCCCAUAAACGAGCUGAUCUGGAACUGCCGGCUGGUUUGUUCCCGUUGGCGAGAUGUCCUGGACACCCCUUUCCUGUGGAAGCACAAGUACCAAGAGGAGGACGCCGACCUGAAGAUGCCGAAGACCUUCUACAUUUUCUGCCACUUGGAGAAGAACUUAAUCAAGAACCCUUGUGGCGAAGAAGGAUUAGACUUCUGGGAUACGGCCACGCCUUCCAACGGACAGUGGAAAGUUAAAGAUAUUUUUGAAAAAGACUCGGCAAAGCUGCAGGCCUGGGACUUCCUUCAGAGGAAUAUUUAUAUCAAAGAUGAAUGGAUACCCUACCAAGAAGUUGAAAAAUGUUUUGCUGCGUACAACGGGCUCUGCACGAAAUCUCAGCUCAUCACGUUGAAGGAUGAAGGUUACUGGGACCAGCUGAUGGAUGAUGGGAGGCCCACAAUUGUGGUGAAGGAUUGGUUUUACAGCAGCUUCAACAGCCAUUACAAAUUGUGCGUGAAGCUGUUGUCCGAGGAUUUCAAGGUCAUCCGAGAGUAUGACUCCGAGAACAAAUACAAAUACGACUCCGAAUACAGUGAUGAAUGGCGUCAGGUCUCACACGCUUUUCACAACAUCCCUCCUGGAAUCCGUCACAUAUUUUUCCAGCACCAAGGCCUGCAUUUCAACUGGCAGCAGUCGAGCUGUGGCACCAAACUCAUGAAGUGCUUGAAGAUGGCCAAAGAGAGGGGGAAAUCCCAAAGAAUGAGGAUUACCAAAACGAGCGUCACCGUCGGACCGUUUUCCCUAGACAAGACCAUGUACCGCCGACACGGCCGAGACAUUAGACACUGUCACUUCAACCAAUGUCCCUGCCGGGGGAAUUACAUCCACUGGUCACUGGCGCCGAAGUGCAGAUUGGGUGCCUGCCGAUGACCAGGUUCCAAUGCUCUCUGCUCGUCUUUUAAGUCGCGUACGAAAAAGAGCAGACACAAAAACAGAGGUGCGUUCUUGCAUACCUUUUCCUCCCUGCCAGAAAAGUUUGAAAGUCAAGUAGCGGUACCGGAAACGGAGCCGGAGCGAAGUGAAGCGGCCCAGAGAUCGUUAUCUCCUUCACAUUCCCCUCUGAAACAAGAGGCGUUUUUAAAAGAAAAGCACAUCCAGAAUCCAGACCGUACGACAGGAUGGACUUUUAUUGGGCACGGGGAAAAAAAUAAUUAGGCUUACCCCAAAGCAUCAAAACACACACACACAAAAAAAAAACGAUUUGCGCAGUUUGCUCGCGUUGGGAAAACCACUGCCCUCCAAAGCUUUGGAACGCCUCACCAUUACAUUUUGGUCUCCUUCCCCCCAAGUGCACAAAAACACAAGCAAAAAUAGUAGGGAAACGGGCGGAUGGAUAUUCUACCAGAGGUUGAAUUCUGUUUUCCUUCCGAACGGAUCUAUUUUCUUCCACCGUCUCUGCAAAUGUUGUAAACGUUCAGUGUUAAGUAUUUUAUUGUCCCUUCAUUUUCUGGGCUGUUAUGACAACAGCCUGGAUAAUAAAAUCUUCUGCGAGGCCUCUA